AUGCUAAUGAUCUCCACAAAUAGUUAUUCAAAUGGAGUAAAACCCACUUUUAAGACUAGGUUGAAGAAAUGUAAAUUAUUUGAAUGGAAAGACGAGGAACAGGAAGAAGUGUACUACAAAAACCUUAUAGAUUCUCUGAAGCAGAAACUGGAUGUUAAAGAGGAUUUAUCUGAGAUGAAAAUUUUGAGGACACAGAUUGCUAAAGUGGAGUUCAUGCUGUCACAGGAGAAGUUUAAGGUGGCAAAGAGUGAGAAAGAUGUGUCUGAUUCAAGAAAGACAAUAGGCAGGUAUAAGAUGAUAAUUGCAUUGUUGUUUGCUGGCUUGGUCUUUUGUGUUUUGAAGUUAGGGAGUGAUUGUAGUUAG